UCAGUGGCCUAAACUUCAGGAAGUAAUCGAAAUGUCUAAAUCCAAAGAUGUUGCAAAGAGUUACCGGCAAGUGUCACUUUUUCAAAGAGAGCAUGGACAAAAACUGAUCGACGAUAUAGAGAUUCAUCGCGGACAUGUUAUCCUAGAUUUGGGCUGCGGCACUGGAGAAUUGUCUGCGUAUCUUUCCAAGCUCGUAGGACAAGAUGGAAGAGUCGUAGCCGUUGAUCCCGACAGUUAUCGAGUAGAAGUGGCGCGAGAAUCACACAGGGAAGUCAAAAAUCUCGAAUUUCAAGAAGGAAGCUCUGCCAGCUUCCCAGGAAUGGGCUUGGAGACUUACGACAUCGUCUUUUCCAACUUUGUGUUUCAUUGGAUUCAGGAUAAAGAAGAAGCAUUCAAAAACAUGUUUCGGAGCCUGAAACCAGCUGGAAGAAUUGUCCUGUCUUACGGGGAUCGCUUACCUUCCUUCGUCGAUAAAAUUUAUCGUGAACUUCAAAACUCAGAAAGCAUGGAACGUAUGCUAAGCAAACGUUGGUACGAGAGGAGGGCAAACAUGGAAGAGAUGUGUUCGGCUGCAGGACUCGACAUCAUAAAAAGUGUCGACGUCAAAAUGGAUGAUUUUGAGUUCGAAAGUGUUGAAAGUAUGUGCUCAUAUUUCUGGCCAGCGAAUCAAGGCGGGUUUGUUUCAGAGUUAGCCACGAGAGAUAAGGUAUCGAAGUUUUGUGCUCAGUACACAAGCGGGGAAAAUUCUAAACCGUUGACGGUUUAUACUGAUGAAGGAGAUUAUUACUGCGUAUUGAUUGCAGCCAAACCAUAAAGAAAGUGUCGACCUUUUAGAUUGUAAUCAAAAUUGCAAUUAGAAAACGUUGUUUAAGUAUUCGGGUUCCAGUCGAAUCUGGAAUAUGUCGCUUUUAACCUAGAAGGUUGUAGUGUAAAAAACACUACCAUUUCGGCAGAACGCUAAGCGGAUUGCGUGUCAACAGCAAAGCAUUUCUGUCUCUGAUGGACCUGCUUUGUAUCGUUGAGAAUCGGUUCAAGUAGUAAGCUUUGAUUUUCCUUUCCCUGAAAAUAACUGAUGCGAUCUCGGUAGUAUUUAUGACGCAGGCAAUUAAACAUUUUCCUUUGUUAACCUUGUUGUUACAGCAAACAAUAUUUUGUGUCACAGAAUGAUAAUUUUGUCAUGUUGCGGUGUAGAUUAUGGUUCAUUGCGCGCAAUGUCGAAAUACUUUUCAGCUACUGCGCAGGCGGGUAACGCGAGGUUAUCACGGUCAGAUGAAGUGGUGGUUUGUCUAGUCGGCCGCUUCAUUGCAAGAGAAGGCUAGGCUUGAAAUUGCGCCUAAUACAGGCGCCAAUGCGCUUAAAUUUUUCACUUUGGCGACCAAAUACUGAAAAUUAGUCGCCAAGCGACUAGAAUUUUUCAUAAUAACCUUACCAAGAGAU